UCCAGUAUUGCUUCCUGCUCCCACUUCUCUCCAAGUCCCCGCCGAAAUCCGUUUCCGGGGCCAGGGGUCGUCCCCGCCCACCUCCGCGUCUUCUUCAAGAUGGCGAGCGGCGGCGGCGGCGGGGGGGCGUCGGUUGCUGCCCUCUGGAGCGAAGUGAAUCGUAACGGUCAGAACGGCGACUUCACGCGCGCUCUCAAGACAGUGGACAAGAUCUUACAGAUCAACAAAGAUGAUAUAACUGCUCUGCAUUGUAAAGUGGUGUGCCUUAUCCAAAACGGUAAUUUCAAGGAAGCCUUGAGUGUCAUCAAUUCUCACACCAAAGUGUUAACUGGUGAUACUGUUUCCUUUGAGAAGGCAUACUGUGAAUACAGGCUGAAUCGUAUUGAGAAUGCCUUGAAAACAAUAGAAAGUGCCAGCCAUCAGACGGAUAAACUAAAGGAACUUUACGGACAAGUGUUGUAUAGGUUGGAGCGUUAUGAUGACUGCUUGGCUGUGUACCGAGAUCUCAUCCGAAACUCUCAAGAUGAUUAUGAAGAAGAAAGGAAAACAAACCUUUCAGCAGUGGUUGCUGCCCAAAGCAACUGGGAAAGAGUAGUACCAGAAAACUUAGGCCUUCAAGAAGGCACUUAUGAAUUGUGCUACAAUACUGCAUGUGCACUAAUUGGACAAGGCCAGCUGAACGAGGCACUGAAAAUCUUACAAAGAGCAGAAGAUCUUUGCCGUCAGUCACUCUCAGAAGACUCUGAUGUGACUGAGGAAGACAUACAAGCAGAACUAGCAAUCAUUCAUGGUCAGAUGGCAUAUAUUCUCCAACUUCAGGGUCAUACAGAAGAGGCUUUACAGCUUUAUAAUCAGAUAAUAAAAUUAAAGCCAACAGAUGUGGGAUUGCUUGCUGUAAUUGCAAAUAACAUCAUUACAAUUAACAAGGACCAAAAUGUCUUCGAUUCCAAGAAAAAAGUGAAACUAACCAAUGCAGAUGGAGUAGAGCAUAAGCUUUCCAAGAAACAGCUGCAGGCUAUAGAAUUUAACAAAGCUUUACUUGCUAUGUAUACAAACCAGGCAGAUCAGUGCCGUAAAAUAUCAACCAGCUUGCAGUCCCAAAGUCCUGAGCAUCUUUUGCCUGUGUUAAUCCAAGCUGCUCAACUCUGCCGGGAAAAGCAACAUGCAAAGGCAAUAGACCUCCUUCAGGAAUUUUCAGAACAGCACCCAGCCAAUGCAGCAGAGAUUAAAUUGACCAUGGCACAGCUGAAAAUUGCUCAAGGUAAUAUUACCAAAGCAUGUCUAAUCUUGAGAAGUAUAGGAGAGUUAAAGCAUAAACCAGGCAUGGUGUCUGCAUUAGUAACAAUGUACAGUCAUGAAGAAGAUAUAGAUAGUGCCAUUGAGGUCUUUACACAAGCUAUCCAUUGGUACCAAAAUCACCAGCCAAAGUCUUCUGUUCAUUUGUCCUUGAUAAGAGAAGCUGCCAACUUCAAACUCAAAUAUGGGAGGAAGAAGGAUGCAAUUAGUGACCUGGAGCAACUAUGGAAGCAAAAUCCAAAAGAUAUUCACACUUUGGCACAGCUUAUCUCUGCUUAUUCGCUGGUAGAUCCUGAGAAGGCAAAAGUUCUUAGUAAACACUUGCCCUCAUCAGAUAGUAUGUCCCUGAAAGUAGACGUAGAAGCACUUGAAAAUUCCCAUGGUGCUACAUACAUUCGGAAAAAAGGCGGGAAGCUUACUGGAGAGAACCCACUGAAAGAACAAGGGCAAGGAGACAUAAAGAAAAAGAAGAAAAAAAAGAAAGGAAAAUUACCCAAGAAUUAUGAUCCUAAAGUUACCCCAGAUCCAGAGCGAUGGCUUCCGAUGCGAGAACGUUCCUACUACAGGGGAAGAAAGAAGGGUAAAAAGAAGGAUUUGAUAGGAAAAGGGACACAGGGAACAGCUUCAGCAGCUUCAUCCGAAUUGGAUGCUAGUAAAACUGUGUCCAGCCCACCCACUUCCCCGCGGCCUGGGAGUGCUGCUGCAGUAUCUGCCUCUACAAGUAAUAUAAUACCCCCAAGGCACCAGAAGCCUGCAGGGGCUCCUGCCACAAAGAAGAAACAGCAACAGAAAAAGAAGAAAGGUGGGAAAGGAGGCUGGUGAUUUGGACAUUCAUAUCACAGUCUAUUUUUUUUAUCUUUUCCCACUGUAAGGCACCAGGAACAUAAUAAAGGUCGAACAGCAACAAGCACAGGGCUUUUUUAUUCCCCUCUUAAGUUGACUUAAUGUUCUGUUUAGUUUUCUGUGCUCUCUGCUUCCAGGAGUCAUAAGUGUCAUGCCUUUCAACUCCAUGCCGCCUUAACUCUCAGUUUACCUUUGUGUACCUUUGUGCAGAGUUAAGAGGAUGUGGGGCAGUUGAGUAUUUGCCCGAUGUAACCAUCUGCUGUCCCCUGCUCUUUGUGGGCCCCCCCUGGCUCUUCCCAGCUUCACAGAUAAGGCGUGUUCUCCAAGUUCUUUCCAGCUCAUGUUAAAAUUGGAACCUACUUACACUAGUUUCAGCUGACUCUGAAGACCCACUUGUUGCAUUCACCUUCCACUUAUUAAAGCAUGAUUUGCUAGGAGUAAAGAGGCUGAAAAUGGAGUUCUCCAAGCAUGCUAGCAAGCUGCUUGGAAGCAUCACUCCAUGAAAAGGGGACCAGGACCUUCCCUGGCUUCUUCACAGCUAAGUGGUUGCAGGGCAUUUUUUCAGUUACUUGUUUUCAGUGAUUGUUAAAUGUUAGGGGACUUGGGUGGUUCAUGCUAUGUUAUUAUUUUUAUAAAUAUGCAGCCUUUCUGUGUCUCAGAAGUUAACAACAUACUGUAUUGACCUAGAACACUCAGCUCAAGAAAGAAAAUGGCCAUCAUCAGUAUGGUGGGCAGUGUACUCCAGCAUCCCGUGCUCUAGCAAAGGAAUUCGUUUCAUCCUGUCUCAUACAAAAAAGAUGUUCCCAUGCAGAUACAUGGGCAUUUUUUUUUAUACCGUACAGGUUGGUGAGAGGUAAUUCACACAGCAGGUCGGUAUUAUUAGCAGGUCAGUGUUGAGACCUAACAAGGAAUUGUAUACCUGUGAUAGGUGCUAUCCUUCAAACAAGCAGCUACAACUUUCUAGUUGUGGAUUUCUGAUACUCAUGUCCCCCCCAAAUUGAUGAAGUAUUCUCUCAUACUCAGCUUGCUCUUUAGAAGUGUUGCCUAUGCCUUUCCCUCAUAAGCCGCUAUGUUUAAACAGAAUUUUUUUUCUUGUUGAACUGUUUAGCUCUGUGCUGCUUUUUUAUUACUAGUCAUUUGAUGUGUCCCAAGACCAUUUUAAAGUCCAACAAACAUUGCCUUGUGGUUACAUUAUUUCAUCCUUGUUAAUAAAGUACUGCUAGACUUCGGUCUCGA